AUGGCUUCCUCCGACUGCCUCGAGGUUUCCUCACUAGAUGCACCAAGAACUCCACCACCACAGAGGACACUGAGGUCAGCGAAAAGAUCAUCAAUGUCACCACCUCCUUUGCCAUCACAAUUACCUCCGACUCCCACUCGCCGUCCAAGAAAAGAGAAGUCCAAUCCUUCGGUUACACCACGUCGAUUCCGUACCUUCUUCACGCCACGGUCAAUGGGGACGCGUACCAAUGGAAGUAGAAGAGCUUUAUUUGAUAUUACUGCGCCAGCUCUCAACAGCGGUGUUGUUCAAUCAAGUCCGAUUCGGCCUCUGGUCCUCGAAGAUCUUCAAGAAAACCAACCUUCAGCAUUUCCAAGAGAUUUGAAGCGGCGAAAAUUGGCUCAUAGCCCGGAAUCACUUCCCAAACAUAAACGAGCAGGAAGACGUGGAUCAAGGGGAACGGAAGCAGACAAAGAUACCACGCCUGUUCUUCAGUCUUCUCCAUGUGCUAGAGCAUGUACAGAUAGGCUGGUUUUAGAAGAUUGUGAGGAAGAGGUAGAGGAAGAGGCAGAGAAAGAGGUAGCCCAGCCAAAGACCAUAAAAGGAAUUGACCGCUUAGUUGAUCGCGGACUUGCGGGAAGUUUGCUUCAGAUGAAUCUAGGCAGUAGUUCUCGAGGUUCUCGCCUACGAAUGGAAUAUCCUGUUAAUGAUUGGCGAGAUGAAACUGCAAACUUCUCUAGUAACUCUACAGAUGUCUACAUGUGUGGUAGCUUGAAUGGACCAGGAUUAUGUAUACCGUUCUGUACCGCGAGUUUAAACACGAAUUCUUUGACUGCUAUUGGCGAUGAACAAGGAGGUGUCCGACUUCUUGAAACAAAGCAGGAUGAACUCCCCGCGUUUAGCGAGCCCUAUGUCUCCUUCAAAGUCCACAACAAUGCCAUAAUUGACAUGACCUUUACCAACGAUGACUCCCUGUUAGCCACUGCAUCUGGAGACUCCACCGCCAGGGUCGUCGACAUGCUCACUCAAACUACUAUCGCCGUCUUGGGAAAUCACUGUGCAUCACUGAAGCAGGUUCGAUUCCAAUCUGGGGCCAACAACAACCAUGUUUUAGCAACUUCAAGUAGAGAUGGAAGUGUACAGAUAUGGGACUUGAGGUGUAAGGGUUUGGAUGGUCCUGUCAACCACCUCCAGCUACCAGUCGAACCACAUAGAACCACGAAUCGAUCCUCAGCGAAGAGCCUGCUCUAUGGCCGUCCUAUCAACAGCAUAUACGACGUUCACAGAGUCCCUUACAACGUCACCCCAUCUUCCACCGACACACCUUCACGCAACGAAGUCACAUCAGCCCGUGCUGGCAGCAUAUCAGUAACAGCCCUUCAAUUCCUCCCAGCAGGUCUCGAUCACCUCCUCCUUACCGCCUCCGAAAUGGACGCCGAAGUUAAACUCUGGGACAUCCGCACCAUCUCCUCAACCCGCAAAAAGCACAUCCCCCUUUCACACACCAAAAAACCAGAAAGCCACAACCAAUGGCGCCAUUUCGGCACCAACUCCCUCUGUCUCAACACCUCCGGCUCACGUCUCUACACCCUCUGCAAAGACAACACCGUCUACGCCUACUCGACCGCCCACCUCAUCUUAGGCCACACCCCCGAACUCUCCCUCCCAACCUCCUCCCGCCGCUCCCCCCACCGCACAACCCAGGGCCUCGGUCCCCUCCACGCCUACCGCCAUCCAAAACUCCAAGCCACGUCCUUCUACUGUAAAGCCGCGCUCCGCAAGUCCGUGAACGGAGACACAGAACUCCUAGCCGUAGGCUCAAACGACGGAUCAGCUGUCCUGUUUCCCACAGACGAACGAUACAUCCCUACAUCAUCCACCUCACAGCCAACACCAAGUCUCCGUCGUUCCUCGUCGUCCCAGACUCUUGCGGCUAGCGCCGGUAUCCCGGUUUCGAGUAAUGGAACGGCGUUGAUUCGUGGUCAUGAUAGGGAGGUAGGCAGUUUAUCGUGGACGACUGAGGGCGAUUUGAUUACCGUCGGUGACGACUACCUGGUUCGCGCGUGGCAUCAGGGAUCUGGUGCACGAGAGUUGAGAAUGGGUGGGGAGGGCGGCGGGAAACGGUGGAGGUGUGGAUGGGCAGAUGUGGAGGGGUGGUAUGAUGACGAUGAGUUCUAG